CAGAUACUUGGGGUUCGCCAGAAGGGUUGUACGGUGGUUCUUCCAGGAUCAUAGGAAUCAAGAGCUGGCUAUACCGUUGCGUUUUGCUAUUCCCUUCAGAGCCUCAGAGGCGUCACCACGGGAGAAACUAGAGUCCGCCAAGUAGUAAUGGCUUCUGGACAGGACCGAGCUGAACUUGACGCCAAGGCCAGACAGGGUGAGACCGUCGUCCCUGGCGGCAAAGGCGGCAAGAGCCUCCAAGCGCAGGAGCAUCUUGCUGAAGGGAGGAGCCGAGGAGGGCAGGCCAGGAAGGAGCAGCUGGGAACUGAAGGUUAUCAGGAGCUGGGCCACCGCGGCGGGGAGGCGAGAAAAGAGCAGCUGGGCACAGAGGGAUACCAGGAGCUGGGCCACCGCGGCGGGGAGGCGAGGAAAGAGCAGCUAGGAACCGAAGGCUAUCAGGAGAUGGGCCACCGUGGAGGCGAGGCCAGAAAAGAGCAGAUAGGAACUGAAGGCUACAAGGAGAUGGGCAAGAAGGGCGGCCUGAGCACCAAAGACAAGUCCGGCGGUGAGCGGGCGGCGGAGGGGGUAAUCGAGAUUGAUGAGACCAAGUUCCGAACAGGGAGCUCGUAGAUGUUGGAUAGUUUUGCUGUGUUUUGCAGUUUGUAGAAAUGUUAGUACUUCAUAGCCUUAGAAGAUGAUGAUGUUUGCCUUUGGGCUUUGGCCCGUUCUCUAGGGCGCCUCUCUGUUUAGUGGAAAGAAUAGCUUUUGC